UAAGCAGAAGAGCAAAGGGGGAGGAGAGAGAGAGAAAGGGUUGACUUCCUGUUUUCUGAAAGCAUCCGAAUAUAUAUAUAUACACCAUACAGGAAGAUGUGUAGCGGAUACACACCCGAAUUAAAAUCUCGUUGAGCCCGACUGCAAAUGCGGAUAAGUUUCCUGCGUUUCCAGCAUCCCUGCAUCCCUCCCCUGGAGCCCGGGUCCCGCUCUGCUCUCUGGCCGGAGGCAGCGACUCAUCAGCGGGCCAGGGCCGCCAUCGAGCCCCGGGCCGCGGGCAGGCAGAGGCUGCGAUCUGCGCGGCGCCUCCAGCGGGCGGCUGUGUGAAGCAGCGGAGGGAGCGGCGGCUGAUCCUCAGUGUUCGUCUGCAGCGGGGCGGAUGAGUCGCUUCAGGUGACCGCGAUAUGGCAGUGCUGAAGCUAGCAGAUCAGCCGGCUCUUGUCCAGGCCAUCUUCAGUGGAGACCCUGAGGAGAUCCGCAUGCUCAUCUACAAAUCGGAGGACAUCAAUGCACUGGACACAGAGAAGCGUACUCCUCUCCAUGCAGCAGCGUUCCUCGGUGAUGCGGAGAUCAUUGAGCUCCUCAUCCUCUCUGGAGCUCGGGUCAAUGCCAAAGACAGCAUGUGGCUCACUCCUCUUCAUAGGGCCGUGGCGUCGCGCAGUGAGGAGGCAGUGCGUGUUCUGAUCCGUCACUCGGCUGACGUGAAUGCACGUGACAAGAACUGGCAGACGCCUCUUCAUGUGGCAGCUGCCAAUAAGGCUCUGCGUUGUGCUGAGCUCAUCAUCCCACUGUUGAGCAGUGUAAAUGUGUCAGACCGCGGGGGGCGAACUGCCUUGCACCAUGCCGCUCUCAACGGACACACCCAGAUGGUCAGUUUGCUGCUGGCGAAGGGGGCCAAUAUUAAUGCCUUUGACAAGAAGGACAGCCGUGCUCUUCACUGGGCGGCAUACAUGGGUCACUGGGAUGUAGUGCGUCUGCUGGUGGAGCAAGGGGCGGAGGUCAGCUGUAAGGACAAGAGAGGAUACACACCUCUUCAUGCUGCUGCCUCCAGUGGACAGAUUGCUGUGGUUAAACACCUGCUCAGCCUGUCUGUGGAGAUAGACGAAGCCAAUGCGUUUGGGAACACGGCUCUGCACGUGGCUUGCUUUAAUGGUCAGGAUGCUGUGGUGAGUGAGCUGAUUGACCAUGGUGCUAAUGUGAGUCAGCCCAACAACAAAGGCUUCACCCCUCUCCACUUUGCUGCUGCGUCCACACAUGGUGCCCUCUGCCUCGAGUUCCUGGUCAACAACGGAGCUGAUGUCAACGUGCAGAGCCGAGAUGGGAAGAGUCCUUUGCAUAUGACUGCAGUGCAUGGGCGGUUCACUCGCUCCCAGACUCUCAUUCAGAACGGCGGGGAGAUAGACUGCAUGGAUAAGGAUGGCAACACUCCAUUACACAUUGCCGCUCGUUACGGUCAUGAACUCCUCAUCAACACCUUAAUCACCAGUGGGGCCGACUGCACCAGAAGAGGAAUUCAUGGGAUGUUUCCACUGCACCUGGCAGCUCUAAAUGCUCAUGCCGACUGCUGCCGGAAACUUCUCUCCUCAGGCUUCCAGAUCGACACCCCGGACAGCCUGGGCAGGACUUGUCUCCACGCAGCUGCUGCUGGAGGCAAUGUUGAAUGCGUGAAGCUGUUGCUCAGCAGUGGAGCAGAUCACAACCGCACAGACAAAAAUGGCAGGACUCCCCUCCACUAUGCGGCUGCAAGUCGUCAUUUUCAGUGCUUAGAGACCCUGGUGUCCUGUGGUACCUGUAUUAAUGCCACUGACCAGUGGGGGCGGUCUGCCCUGCACUACGCUGCUGCCUCCGACCUGGACAGGAGGCGACGUGUAGCUCUGGAGCCAGAGAAUCCUGGAGUUCAAGCAGAGAAAGAGAAGGAAGCAGCCCUGUGCCUUGAGUUCUUGUUGAAGAGUGGUGCCACUGCCUCACUGAAGGACAAGAAAGGUUACAGCGCUGUUCACUAUGCUGCUGCCUAUGGUCAUCGACGCUGCCUGGAGCUGCUUCUGGAACGAGAGGAGCAAAAUCAGGAUGAAGGCAAGAACUGCAGUACCCGCAGUCCACUCCAUCUGGCCGCAUACCAUGGCCAUGCCCAAGCUCUGGAAGUGCUGCUGCAGGGUCACUGCGAUGUGGAUCAGGGUGAUGAGGUGGGCCGCACUGCUCUUGCCUUCGCUGCCCUCAGGGGUCACACUGACUGUGCUCUGACGCUGCUGAACCAUGGAGCUUCAGCACACUGCGCGGACACGGUCCGCAGACGCACGCCCAUCCAUCUUGCAGUGAUGAAUGGCCAUACGCCGUGUGUGCGCCUCCUGCUGGAAGACUCAGACAGCGCAGAUCUGGUAGAUGCAGCUGAUUCUCAGGGACGGACCCCUCUGAUGCUAGCAGUGCUGGGGGGUCAUGUGGACGCUGUGUCUCUAUUGUUAGAACGAGAGGCCAAUGUAGACGCAGCAGAUCAUCAGGGACUGACCGCACUUCACUUAGGGUUGCUGUGUGGUCAGGAAGAGUCUGUGCAGUGUCUUUUAGAGCAGGAGGCUUCGGUGUUGGUGGGUGACAGUAGGGGACGCUCAGCUCUCCACCUGGCUGCAGCGCGGGGUCACGCAUCCUGCCUCAGUGAGCUGCUGACCUUGGCCUGUGCAGAGUCAUCCAUCCCUCCUCUGAGAGAUCACCAUGGAUACACACCCCUACACUGGGCCUGCUAUAACGGUCAUGAAGGCUGUGUGGAGGUGCUGUUAGAGCAGAAAGGCUGUCGAUGCUUUGAUGGGAACCCCUUCACCCCUCUGCACUGUGCUGUGAUAAAUGACCAGGAGUCCUGUGCAACUCUUCUCCUGGAUGCACUGGGCUCAGAGAUUGUAACCUGCAAGGACUCCAAGGACAGGACUCCUCUCCAUGCAGCUGCUUUUGCUGACCAUGUGGACUGUGUUCAGCUGCUCCUUGCCCAUGAUGCUCCUUUGGAUGACGUAGACCAAUCAGGGCGCAGUGCGCUCAUGAUGGCGGCAGAGAGGGGGGCAAUCGGAGCUGUAGAGGCUCUUCUCACCAGUGCGAACCCAGACCUCACUUUGACAGACCAAAAAGGCAACACUGUGCUGCACCUCGCUUGCAGUAGUGGAAAAGAAGAAUGUGCUUUGUUCAUUUUGGAGAAACUUCCAGAUGCUUCCCUUGUCAAUGCCACAAACUCUGCGCUCCAGACUCCUCUCCACCUUGCAGCUCACAGUGGGCUGAAGCAGACGGUGCAGGAGCUGCUGUCUCGCGGUGCCAGUGUGCAGCUUUUGGAUGAGAACGGUCUCACUCCCGCUCUGGCUUGUGCUCCUAGCAAGGAGGUUGCUGAGUGCCUGGCUCUCAUUCUGGCUACCAUGAUGCCUUUUUGCUCCCCUUGCAGCUCCGACGCUCCCUCUCCAGGCACCCUGUUGAGAUCUUUUCCUCACCAAGCCAAAGGCCGUCAGGCUCCACGCAGCCCCAGAGAUCCUUCCGGCGCGUCCAGCGAGGGCACGACCACCGAGAACGACUCUGACUCGGAGACCUUUUGACCUCUGGAGUCCCUUCUGGAGUCCUUAUCCUUUCCACCUCUAGAGUUCUCACAGCACUUAACCUAGCGGACCUCCCAGAAGCUGUACGAACCUCCUUGUGGAGGAAUUGGAGAUUCUGAAGGCUGGUCUAUGCUUCAUGUAGCCAUAUGAUUACGAAGGAUGACGUUAAGAUCAUGAAAACAACAGUUUCAUCCUUCUCUAAGAUCCUAGCAGCUCUUAUUGACGUAGCCUACCAGCUAUCGCUGUAAAGUAGAACGCCAUUUGUUAGAUUGAUAUUUUAGCGUUGAAGAGCUCAUUGGCUUGAAAAGCAUAAAUUAGCCUUUACAAGCACAUCGGUACACUUCCUGUGUAAUUCUGGUUACACAGAGACUUUUUAAAGCCAUUUUAUAAUUCCUAUUACUUACUUGAUCCAUAAAACAGAUGGUGUAGAUGUUUUGUUGAUUUGAGUUAAUGGAUAAAUUUGCCAAAUAUUGACUCAGCAAAACCACUCUUAGGGUACGCUGUAUGUAGUAUGGGUUACAGCUUCUUGUGCACUCUUUGCCAGCACAAACCCCAGACAAGCACAAUGUCAAGUUUCAUAUGUUGUUACUAAACAGUUGUUACUAACCGGUCCUAACUUCCAGUCAUUUUAGUUUGGAUCAAGGCCCAGGGAUGUUGUUUCCAAACGGGAUUGCAAACUACUGCCACAGACUGAUUGGGAUUCUAUAUGUAUGUUUAAAUACUUAUGGAAAAAAAAUUUGGACUAGAAAUGUGCAAGCACAUUUGCAAUCUAGACUGCGAUAACUGUGUGUAAAUGAAUUUUAAUUAGACUUGAUAGAUGCAAUGACCAAAUGGUCCUGAAUAGUCUAUUACAAUACAGAAAGCUUAUGAAGGUCUAUAUUUAAACCUAAUGCUCGGGGAGUGUUGCUCUGUCACUUUUCUAAUCAUUUACACUGACAGUAUUACAGUGAAAAUAAUUCCACAGGGCCAAGUAAGAACAACUGCCACACACUCGUGUCUAAAGAGUGUUUAUUAAUAAAAGAAAACGGUACUAAAAUUUGUCUGCGCUUGCAUAUCUGGAGGUAGAGGGGCUGGUUUAGGGGUUGAACAAAGAACCAGACGGAAAUGGCUCACUCUUUUUAGAUUUCCGCUUCGUAUUUUGUUCUACCUAUAUGUCUAUUUCUCCAAAUCCAGUCAAGUUUCGGCUACUAGCGAACGUGUAACUGCAGUCAGGCUUAGUGGAGGAAAGUUACGUUUGUUCACCUUUAAUGUUUAUUAAUCUGAACCAGUUGCUGGAAUUGGAUCAGAUGGUGCUAAAUUUUUGGCCUUUAGUGAUUCUUGAAAUUUGAUAGUUGAAAUUGACCAAAACAUUCUGUAAGAUUAGGGAAGUUUUGUUUGUUUGUCCCCCCCCCCAACAUUCUGAUCAUUUUUGUCCACAAUGCGCCAGCUUGUCCAGUGCCUUGUUUUGUUUUUGAAAAUGUGAAAAGGGGAUUUGAUGCAUUUUGGUGGUUGAUUCUUACUGUACUCCUGUGUUUUCAAUAUAUUAAGGUGUGUGCGCGCAACGCAAUAUGUCUGACAAUGUUGGCUACAUUCCGAGCACAUUCUGUAUUUUGGCUCAUGAGAAUCAAUACACAAGAAUUGCACAUAAAUGUUGUCUAACAAAAGCACGUGACUAACUGUUUUUCUUCAUAUGGCUUGGAGACGUAGCGAGCUGAACGAUGCACAGAAGUGAAAUCUAUCAGUAUUAUGCCAGACGAAGACUGAGCUUUGCCAAUCAUGACAAUCCUAUUGUGCGUCACAUGUUCCUCAUGCAGUAUGAAAUGCUGUUGGCCAGCUAAACAUUCUUUUCUAUAAACUGUAUCCUUAUAAAA